CUUGCCUAAACUCCGGUGCUGACCUCUCAGCGUCCCGGGAGUGGAGAUAAGGACAGAUGGCUCCUAGAACCUGGGCCACAGAGACGGAGCGCCUCCUGACACCCAGUCCUGGGUAUGGCACCCGGGCCGGGGCUUCCCCGGUCCCUCCGGAAGAGGAGGACCUGCGUCGCCGCCUCAAGUACUUUUUCAUGAGUCCCUGUGACAAAUUCCGGGCCAAGGGUCGCAAGCCCUUCAAGCUGAUGCUGCAAGUCGUGAAGAUCUUGGUGGUCACUGUGCAGCUCAUCCUGUUCGGGCUCAGCAACCAGCUGGCAGUGACCUUCCGGGAGGAGAACACCAUUGCCUUCCGGCACCUCUUCCUCCUGGGCUACUCUGAUGGGGCGGAUGAUACCUUCGCAGCCUACACGCGGGAGCAGCUCUACCAGGCCAUCUUCCACACCGUGGACCAGUACCUGAUGCUCCCCGAUGUGUCGCUGGGCCGGUAUGCCUACGUGCGGGGCGGAGGUGGCCCCUGGGCCAAUGGCUCGGCCCUGGCCCUCUGCCAGCACUACUACCACCGCGGCCACGUGGACCCGGCCAACGACACCUUUGACAUUGAUCCGCUGGUUGUCACUGACUGCAUCCGGGUGGACCCCCCUGAGAGACCCCUUGUGCCCCCCAGUGACGAUCUCUCCCUCUCGGACGGCAGCGCCAGUUACAAGAACCUCACGCUCAAAUUCCACAAGCUGAUCAACGUCACCAUCCACUUCCAGCUGAAGACCAUCAACCUCCAGAGCCUGAUCAACAACGAAAUUCCAGACUGCUACACCUUCAGUAUCCUGAUCACUUUUGACAAUAAGGCGCACAGCGGCCGUAUCCCCAUCAGCCUGGAGACCCAGGCCCACAUCCAGGAGUGUAAGCACCCCAGCGUCUUCAGGCACGGAGACAACAGCUUCCGGCUCCUGUUUGACGUGGUCGUGAUCCUCACCUGCUCCUUCUCCUUCCUGCUGUGUGCCCGCUCGCUGCUCCGUGGCUUUCUGCUGCAGAACGAAUUUGUUGGGUUCAUGUGGCGGCAGCGGGGACGGGUCAUCAGCCUGUGGGAGCGGCUGGAAUUUGUCAACGGCUGGUACAUCCUGCUGGUCACCAGCGAUGUGCUCACUAUCUCGGGUACCAUCAUGAAGAUUGGCAUCGAAGCCAAGAACCUGGCGAGCUACGAUGUCUGCAGCAUCCUCCUGGGCACCUCCACCUUGCUCGUCUGGGUCGGCGUCAUCCGCUAUCUGACCUUCUUCCAUAAGUACAACAUUCUCAUUGCCACGCUGCGGGUGGCCCUGCCCAGCGUCAUGCGUUUCUGCUGCUGUGUGGCUGUCAUCUACUUGGGCUAUUGCUUCUGUGGCUGGAUCGUGUUGGGGCCCUACCACGUGAAGUUUCGCUCGCUGUCCAUGGUGUCCGAGUGCCUGUUCUCGCUCAUCAACGGGGACGACAUGUUCGUGACGUUCGCCGCGAUGCAGGCCCAGCAGGGCCGCAGCAGCCUCGUCUGGCUGUUCUCCCAGCUCUACCUCUACUCCUUCAUCAGCCUCUUCAUCUACAUGGUGCUGAGCCUCUUCAUCGCGCUCAUCACUGGUGCCUACGACACCAUCAAGGUCAGCGCCGGCCCCCACGCCCUCCCCCCAGCCUGCGUCCAGUGGGGCCAGCCCUCACAUACCCGCAGCCGUGUACCUGGGGCUCCAGGUCCCCUUAGUAGGGUCUCAGGGCACAUGAGGCAGGGUCAGGAGGGACGGGUCCGGGGGGAGAAGGUGGGAGACUCUGAGAAGCCAGAGAGAGGUGACUGGGGCGGUGGUGCCGAUCGCAGCCGCCAGUCUUGGUUUCAUCCGCGUGGGGUUCUGGCCAGGUAAGGUUUCCUGAGUCUGCUUUUACCCAGCGAGAGACCAGGCUGUAGAGUUUUAGUGACUUGCCUGAGGUCAGCUGCUAAGCGGCCAGGCUCAACCCAGGACUGAGGGAUUCCGGAAGGCCCCGCUCCUAAUUCUUCUGUAGGGUGGUCUGGGCGGGAGCUCUUUAAGUCCAGGGAGUGGCGGUCCUGCAGGUUGCGGGGGUCAGAGGAAAGGGGUCGGAGUAGAGCGUGGGGGUGGCAGGUGGGCCAGACCCUGCGCUGAGUGGGUAUCUAGGAAACGCAGUGUAUACAGAUUAGUCUGGACCAGUGGGCAGGGUGGUGAACAGCUAGUGAAAGGAACGAAGGCUACAGAGGGUCCCCUGGUCUAGACUGGUACUGGGGUGAGUCUGGGAAAGUUUCUAGAAUGUGCUAAUACUAAUCUUAGCCACCUGUGACGACUUAAAUUUUGACUUGAAUCAAA